AUGAACGUCAAACUGAGUAGCGCAUCACUGAGAAACGUCCUGCUCAAGCCAUACUUGCUAUGGAGAACUGAAACAACUACACCAGCCACAACUGAGAGCACAACUGAUAGUACAACUGAGACAACAACACCAGCCACAACAACUGAGAGCACAACUGUUAGUACAACUGCAACAACUACACCAGUCACAUCAACUGAGACCACAACCGUUAGUACAACUGAAACAACUACACCAGCCACAACUGAUAGUACAACUGAGACAACAACACCAGCCACAACAACUGAGAGCACAACUGUUAGUACAAAUGAAACAACUACACCAGCCACAACAACAGAAUCAACAUCAGCCACAACAACUGAGAGCACAACUGUUAGUACAACUGAAACAACUACACCAACCACAACAACUGUUAGUACAACUGAAACAACUACACCAACCACAACAUCCGAGAGCACAACUCUUAGUAGAACUGAAACAACUACACCAGCCACAACAACUGAGAGGACAACUCAAACAACUACACCAACCACAACAACAGAAUCAACAUCAGCCAUAACAACUCAGAGCACAACUGUAAGUACAACUGAAACAACUACACCAGCCACAGCAACUGAGAGCACAACUGUUAGUACAACUGAAACAACUACACCAGCCACAAUAACUGAGAGCACAACUGUUAGUACAACUGAAACAACUACACCAGCCACAACAACUGAGAGCACAACUGUUAGUACAACUGAGACAACUACACCAGUCACAUCAACUGAGAGCAUAACUGUUAGUACAACUGAGACAACUACACAAGCCACAACAACUGAGAGCACAACUACUGUUAGUACAACUGAAACAACAACACCAGCCACAACAACUGAGAGCACAACUGUUAGUACAACUGAAACAACUACACCAGCCACAACUAAAGAAUCAACAUUAGCCACAACAACUGAGAGCACGACUGUUAGUACAACUGAAACAAUUACACCAGCCACAACAACUGAGAGCACAACUGUUAGUAGAACUGAAACAACAACACCAGCCACAACAAUUGAGAGCACAACUGUUAGUACAACUGAGACAAAUACACCAGCCACAACAACUGAGAGCACAACUGUUAGUAGAACUGAAACAACUACACCAACCACAACAACUGUGAGCACAAUUGUUAGUACAACUGAGACAACAACACCAGCCACAACAACUGAGAGCACAACUCAAACAACUACACCAACCACAAUAACAGAAUCAACAUCAGCCACAACAACUCAGAGCACAACUAGCACAACUGUUAGUACAACUGAAACAACUACACCAGCCACAAUAACUGAGAGCACAACUGUUAGUACAACUGAGACAACUACACCAGUCACAUCAACUGAGAGCAUAACUGUUAGUACAACUGAGACAACUACACCAACCACAACAACUGUGAGCACAAUUGUUAGUACAACUGAGACAACUACACCAGCCACAACAACUGAGAGCACAACUCAAACAACUACACCAACCACAACAACAGAAUCAACAUCAGCCACAACAACUCAGAGCACAACUACAACAACACCAGUCACAUCAACUGAGAGCACAACUGUUAGUACAACUGAGACAACUACACCAGCCACAACAACUGAGAGCACAACUGUUAGUACAACUGAAACAACUACACCAGCCACAACAACUGAGAGCACAACUGUUAGUACAACUGAAACAACUACACCAGCCACAAUAACUGAGAGCACAACUGUUAGUACAACUGAAACAACUACACCAACAACAACAACUGAGAGCACAACUGUUAGUACAACUGAAACAACUACACCAGCCACAACAACUGAGAGCACAACUGUUAGUACAACUGACAACUACACAACCACAACAACAGAAUCAACAUCAGCCACAACAUCUGAGAGCACAACUACUGAGAGCACAACUGUUAGUACAACUGAGACAACUACACCAGCCACAACAACUGAGAGCACAACUGUUAGUACAACUGAAACAACUACACCAGCCACAACAACUGAGAGCACAACUGUUAGUACAACUGAAACAACACCAGCCACAACAACUGAGAGCACAACUGUUAGUACAACUGAAACAACUACACCAGCCACAACAACUGAGAGCACAACUGUUAGUACAACUGAGACAACUACACCAGCCACAACUGAGAGCACAACUGUUAGUACAACUGAAACAACUACACCAGCCACAACAACUGAGAGCACAACUGUUAGUACAACUGAAACAACUACACCAGCCACAACAACUGAGAGCACAACUGUUAGUACAACUGAAACAACUACACCAGCCACAACAACAGAAUCAACAUCAGCCACAACUGAGAGCACAACUGUUAGUACAACUGAAACAACUACACCAGCCACAACAACUGAGAGCACAACUGUUAGUACAACUGAAACAACUACACCAGCCACAACAACUGAGAGCACAACUGUUAGUACAACUGAGACAACUACACCAGCCACAACAACUGAGAGCACAACUGUUAGUACAACUGAAACAACUACACCAGCCACAACAACUGAGAGCACAACUGUUAGUACAACUGAAACAACUACACCAACCACAACAACAGAAUCAACAUCAGCCACAACAACUGAGAGCACAACUGUUAGUACAACUGAAACAACUACACCAGCCACAACAACUGAGAGCACAACUGUUAGUACAACUGAAACAACUACACCAGCCACAACAACUGAGAGCACAACUGUUAGU